AGAUUACAUCGCUGUGAAUUGACGCUGUUGCUAUCAGAGUAGUGUGUUCCGGGAAAGUGUGUAGAUCUUUAUUAAAUGUUUGUGUCUUCUGUCUGUCUCUGUGGUGUUUUAGACUUUAACAGAGGUGACGGGCUGUUGGAGGAGAUGCAGGCCGGGACACACUCACCUCUGGACGGUUAAACACGCCGCGGUCUCUCCGGUCCCGCUGUUAUGGAGGAGCCACCGGGGAGCGUGGACGACCUCCAGCCUCAGGACCUCUCCACCUCCAGCCUCCCCGCUGUCAUUGACCUGACAAUGGGAGGAGAGGACUGUGUCCUAAGCCCCGCCUCCCUCAACAGCCUGCGGAGGGUCUCGAGACCCGCCCUGUACCAGAAUUCAGCAUCCAGCAGCCCCCCUUCCUCAGGCAUCACGCUCCAACCCGGGGAUCAGAUCCAACCGGACAACGCCUUCUCCCACACCACCGUCACCCUGUCCUACGUGAGCAGGUCUCAUGUCUACUCCACCCACGACUCCCUUUCCUUCAGCGUCCCCCCCGUCAGCAGGCUGUCCCUCCACGCCCCCUGUGACCCUGAGAAAGGACCCGGGGAGACACUAAACCAGCAUUACGUGGAGCAGGGGGAGGGGCCGAUGGACCUCGCUGCUCAGACUCUUCUUCAGUCUUUGUCUCAGGCUCAGGGGGGAGCAGGGACGGAGGCAGGGGGUUAUCUCACACAGCGGGGUCGUGAGGUUAACGGCGGAGACAUAACCUGUGGCGUGGACUUGGAUAAACAUGUUGGGGAGGAGCAGAGGACGUGUUGGGGUCUGGAGAACGGUAGGAAAGACACCUGGUCCGGUCCGUUAGUUGGGGCUGAAUCGGAGCAGGCGGUGGUCCAGGGCAGCGGGGGGGUUAGAGACCUGAACGGGGACUACAGGAGUACUCUGGAGGACCCGGUGUCUCCCUCGCAGGAGAGCGUGGAAGAAGUGUUCGUCAUGCCUCGCGCCUCCUGCUCCCCCAGCGGAAACAACUCGUACCUGGAGACGGUGAAGGAGGCUGUGAGGGACGGCCUGAGGACAGGGGGGGCGGGUACCACAAGGUUAGAUUCAAGUGAUAAAAAUAAACCGAGACAGAAGGUGGAGAUGAUCGACCUGACGGAGGACGAUUCAGAAAAUCAACCUCAGACUGUCGCUCACGUUAACGGGAACACAAAGACACUACAGAGGACGCUAAAAGGAAAGAAAGUGUCCCCGCGCUCCGGCAGAGGUACGCGCUUAGAGUCUAUAGUGAUGAACAUAAACUCCAACAGGUAUGAAGUUUCAGGAUGUAUUCGCACUAAUAAAAAAACACCUCAAUCAGCUGUGAGUGAUUCCGAGUUAGCUCAGAGGACGGACGGCGUGUCGGGAGGGCGGAAGAAAAGGAGAGCGAGUGUUUCUCUCUCUGGAAAAACAAAAGAAGCUGUCAGUCCGAGGAAAAGAGGUCAAAGUGUCAACAGUAAGAACUGCAAAGUGUCUACCUCUGAUUCUGAAAUCAUCAAGAACUCUAAACAGCCACACAGCCCUCGGUUUAGAAACACAAAGAAGGAGGCGGAGCUUCUCUCUCCCCCUGAACCCUCAGGAGGAAAUCAUGUGGCGAGAUCUCCAACAAAACCCUCUGGACGCCCUCCGCCUUCAUCAUCAAAAACUCCAUCUCCAAAGAAAGGCAGAGGUAAAGCUGCAGGUCAGAAAGCGUCUCCGGCUGCUAAGACUCCUCGGAGGAAGAGGAAGAAGCAACACACACCGAGCUUCUCCUCGUCCUCCUUGUUCGCUCCCAAAGAGCCCGAGAUCAAACUGAAGUAUGUGAACUUCAGGGAGGAGAGGAGGGAGCUGAGGGUGGACACUUUCUCUCCAUAUGUGCGUGUGGAGCGUCAGCCGUCCUCGCCGUCUCUCUGCUCGGUGAUAAACUACCCUGAGGAGGUCCAACCGCAGCACAGGAAGCAGAAGUCGCACCUCACCUCCUUCAUCUCUGCGGCCAUCCCCAGCACAUCCUGUCUGCUGCUGGGCCGGGCAUCCACGCACGGACAGCACCGCCGCUCGCUUGUCUGCUGCCUGUGUGGACGCUCCGCCAACACCAUGGACCUGGGUGACCUCCACGGACCCUACUACCCAGAGGGCUACCAGCUGGGAACCAAAACCAAGACCAGCAUCAAAGAGGACGAGAACGGCUCCAGCGACUCUGACUCAUCGUCCUGCAAUGUCAGGGGCCGGGGGAGGAAGUGUCCCUCCACACAGAGGCCCCUCAGCACCCACCUGAAGAGCCCCAGCUGGACCGGGGACAGUACGGGCAGCCCUGCAGCGAAGCGGGCACGGUCUGCUGCUGGCUGUGCAGACACGGAGGACUGGUACAGCCCCCCUGUGCUCCCCCUGGAGCCCUGUGAGUACUGGCUCCAUGAGGACUGUGGGAUCUGGUCUGCAGGAGUGUUCCUGGUGAGGGGCCGAGUGUACGGGCUGGAGGAGGCGGUGAGGGCGGCGCACGAGACGACGUGUUCAGCCUGUCACCACUCUGGAGCCACACUGGGCUGUUUCUUCAAAGGCUGUCCCAACAACUAUCACUACAGGUGUGCUCUGCAGUCAGACUGCAUCCUCAUUGAAGAAAACUUCUCCAUGAAGUGUAAAAAGCACAAGAACAAGACAUUCAAAGCUCCUCCAGGGACCCGCUGUGACGACAGGUGACAGCACUAACAGAAGCCUCAUGAGACGAUCUCCUCGCUGUCCUGCAGGGUCUCCUCGCCGUCCUGCAGGGUCUCCUCUCCAUCCUGCAGGGUCUCCUCGCCGUCCUGCAGGGUCUCCUCUCCAUCCUGCAGGGUCUCUUCUCCAUCCUGCAGGGUCUCCUCUCCUCGCCUCAUGUGGACCAGGAAUCUUCUGACAGACAGCUAACACCGUGAACCUUAACUCCACCAGUCUCCGCUCUGCACUGUUUCUCCUGACAGUGCGUGUGUGUGUGUGUUUGUUUGUGUGUGUGUGUGUGUUUGUGUGCGUGUGUGAUGAGACUACAGAAACACUCACACACAGUGACAUGCUUCGUUUAUGUUAUCACUUUAUUUAUAUAUAUUUUUUUUAAUGUCAGGAUUAAAUAUGAAUAACAAUCAAAGAUAUUUAAUUUUCUAUAAACUGUAUUUGUUUUUAUUUAUUCCUGCAGUUUGUUCAGCGGAUGUCAAAGAGGUGUGAGUGUGUGUUUAAGUUAUUGGUGAAGAAUCAGUUUAUUUAAUUUAAAGACUGGACGGCUCAGAGAGCACACUGACAGGACGGGGUACCAACAACAACAGGACAACAGAUUAGACAUGACACCUUUUAGAGCAGAAACACCUGAAGGUGCACUGACUGAUGGCCCAGCUCACGGUGAAAGACCUCUGACGUCUGGUUAAAGUGGCGGCGUGAAGAACUUCUGUUUAACGUUUCAGACUUUGUUUCUCAGAGUGUGAAGGACACGAUUUAGUGAUUGAGGAGACUCUUGUAUGACAACAUACAUGUAACCUCUGUUAAGAGGUUAAAUUUCAAAGUCCUAGACUCCUGAUAUUUGGAUGAGUUUAUUCUCCUGCACACCCGUCCGAUGAAAUGGACUGAGUCAUGUGUUUGAAUGUACCCCCCCCCCCCCCCCCCCCAAAGCACUUUGUGCUCCUCCGCUCCAGCUGCAGUAUUACCUUCAUCGCCGCCGGUGAGCUGGUCGACGACCCGCUCCGCCUUCCUGUUUGUUCAGUGUGAUCAGUGUUGCUGGAACAUCUGAGUGCACUUCUGCACACACAGCCAGUGGGGGCAGUGUGGCGCUGUCAGAGAUUAGGCAUAAGCUGUUACAUGUGUACACACACACACACACACACACUCUCAGAUGCGUUGAAGUCGUGCCAUCGUUUAAUGAUUUUAAAUGUUUUAUUUGUGGUUGCAGUGAUUUCACGAGCAGCUGUGUGAGUGCCUGAGAAUUGAUCUGCAAUGAUUUAUUGAAAUGUCUGGGUUUUUUUUUUGACUUUUUGUCUUUGUUCAAAGUUUGAGUCAUUUUGUGUCUGCGUGUAUCUCAGGGCUGAAUCUCAGAUCUUCGAAUGAUUAAAAAGUGAUUUUUAUUUCCUUAUGUUUUCGACCGGACGAUGUUUUCGUCUCAGGCUGUUUCUCUCGGAUCGUCACAUUCCAGCUCCUCCUCGCCGUCAGUGAUCUUUAAGUUGAACUCGGGACUCGAGCUGCCAACGCCGCCUGCUCUUUUUCACGCUCUUUUUAUUUCAUGGAAGCUUUUUGUUGGGUCGCCUCUCUGAGCUGCAGAGGUCAGGAUGUAACUGCCCAAAAUAAAUAUUUUGUUCAACA